AUGGGCGCUGGCGGCAGGGUGGCCGUGCGGCGCGCCAAGAUGGACGACGACGACGACGAGUACGUGGCGGACGAGGACGAGGAGGUCGAGGAGGACGACGCGGAGUACGCCGCGGCCGCCUGCUCCGACGAGGACGCCGCCGCCGGCGAGGAGGACGAGGAGGAAGAGGACCUCGACCACGAAUCUGACGCCGAUUUCGACGGCGACGAGGAGGAGGCGGAGGACGAGGACUUCGAGAUCGAGGCGCCGCGGCCGCGGCCCAGGCCCAGGCGGCGUCCCACGGCGCCCAGGGCCCGCGGCCGGGGCAGGAAGCCGGAUUCGUCCUCAUCCGACGACGAUUUCGACGAGGACCUGGAGAUCGAGCCGCGCGCCAAGCCGAAGCCGAAGCCGAAGCGCGCGGCGGCCAAGCCACGCGCCCGAGGCAGCAGGAAGGCGAGGCGGCCGCGCCAGCGGGAUGACGGCGAUUCCGAUUCAGGCGACGAUUUCGACGAGGACGAGGAUUUGGAUGACGAGACGUUCCGGAUCGAGCCGCCGCGGCCCAGGCGUCCCGCCAGGGCUCGCGGCCCAGGCACGAAGGUGAAGAAGCCGCGCGAUGAGUCAGACGAGGACGAGGGUUUCGAGAUCGAGGCGGCACCGCGGCAGAGGCGUACGGCCGCGGCUCGCUCCCGAAGAGGUAGUAGGAAGGGGAAGCCGCGUGAUGAUUCUGACGACGAGGAUUUCGGCGAGGACGAGGGUUUCGAGAUCGAGGAACCACGACAGAUGCGUCCGGCCACGGCUCGCUCACGAGCAGGCAGUAAGCGGAAGCCGCGUGAUGAUUCUGAUGAGGAUUUUAGUGAGGACGAGGAACUGGAGGAUGAGGAUUUCGAGAUCGACGCACCACCACAGAGGCGUCCAGCCAUGGCUCGGACCCGAAGAGGUAGUACGAAGGGUAAGCCGCGUGAUGAUUCCGACGAGGAUUUCGGCGCGGAUGACAGUUUGGAGAUCAUCGAGGCACCACCGCAGAGGCGUGGCGGGGAGGGGAAGCAGGAGGAGGACGAGUCUGAUGCGGAAUUUGACAUGGGAGAGGAGGAAUUCGAGAUGGAGGCACUUGAGGUUCCUUCCCCAGUCAGCAGGACAGGGCAACAGGACAAUGACUCUGAUGCAGAGUUCAACGGAGAAGAGGAGUUGGAGGACGAGGGUUUGGAGACGGAGAUGCCACAACCUGAGCAUCGAAAUGGGAGGCAUGAUGACGAGUUUGAUGAGGAUUUCUGCGAGGAGCAGGAGGAACCAGAGGAUCAGGAAGCUGAUGAGGAGUUGGAGACCGAGACGCUGCAGCUGACGCAACCAGUCCUCGAGGGUCCUGGUUGGGGCAGGAAGAGAAAGCCCACAGGAUCUCGCCGGCCCAGACACGAGGAUGAUGAUGACUAUGAGGAGGAGAUUGAGGAUGAGGACGAAGACUUUGAUCCGGAGGUGGAUGAAGAGGAGGACAACGAGGAGGAAGAGGUCGCAGAAGACGAUGCGGAUUUGGAUGAAUAUGCCCCGGCUCGCGCCAAAAAUGUAAGGCCUAGGAACCACUUGGCCAAGCGGAAGUCGGUGGCGGGGCGCCAGCAUCGUAAGAGGAGGAGCGGUUCCAAGGGAAAGGCAAGGAAGGGCACGUCAGCACAUCAGCGGAGAAGGAAACAAUGGGUGGCUCAUGACGAGGAGGAAGAAGAUGACGAUGAUUUUGUUGUUGAGGACGACGUGGAGGAAGAGGUGGAUUACCAGCCAAGGAAGAAGGCUAAGGUUGUGGGGGAUGGCACAACAGAGCCACUUGCUGUCGGAGAGUCAUGGCCAUCGGUUGAGUCAGACACAUCAGAAUUUGAGUUUGUGACAUCUGAGGAGGAAGAUGCCAAGAAUGAAGAACCGAUUGCUGAGUCUGUCAAGAUCAAGAGGAAGAAGGGCAGAAGGAAGAAGGGUUCUGAGUCAGACUCAUCCUCGGAUUCUGAUUAUGUCAUAUCAGAGGAGGACCUUAAGGAUUUGGGGGUACCUAGGCCCCAAGAGACAGUGCCGCAGCCUCAUCUACUCACAGCACGGCGGACCAUUGUUCCGAGGAGGGUUGAUGAGAAGGGGAAAGAGCCAGAGGAGGCUUUGAAACAGAUAUGUGGGAUCUGCCUCUCAGAGGAGCAGAGAGCCACAAUACAGGGCGUGCUUAAUUGCUGCUCACACUACUUCUGCUUUGCAUGCAUCCUCGAGUGGUCAAAGGUAGAGUCCAAGUGUCCAUUGUGUAAAAGGCGUUUCAACACAGUUACCAAGUCAUCAGUGGCAGAUGUAGGAUCAGGGUUGAGAAAUGCUGCUAUUAGGGUAGAAAAACGCGAUCAGGUAUACCAGCCGACUGAAGAAGAAAUGAGGCGUUGGUUAGAUCCAUAUGAAAAUGUUGUAUGCAUAGAGUGCAAUCAAGGUGGCGAGGACAAUCUCAUGUUGCUGUGUGAUAUUUGUGAUUCCUCUGCGCAUACUUUUUGUGUUGGUCUGGGAAGAGAAGUACCAGAAGGGAACUGGUAUUGUGGUGGAUGUAGAUUCAGUGUGGAGGGGUCUUAUGCACAAACACAGGAUAGAGUGGUUCACCGUGGAGAAAGUAAUAUGAACACUGCUGACGGCAGUUCUAGUUCAUUUGGCAGAACUGUAUCGAGUGGGGUAUUCCAGAGACCACCACCACUAAACAUUGAUCAGCCUUCUUUGCAAGGGUUUGAUCUGAAUCUCUCUCCAAUAGAAACCCCUGAUGAAGAUAAGCGAGCUGAGUCACAUGUCCCAGCUGAACCUGUAUCGACCCCUACAGGGAGACAUGCAACUCUGGAUAGGAGGCGUGCCUUGAAUCGACGUAUUCGUAUUCUUCUAUUUAGACCUAGGACUGCAACUAAUGCGUGGCAGAAUGGCCUUCAGCAUGACAGAACCACACCAGGAACUGAGCAAAAUCAACGGAGCACCUGCACUUCUACAGAAGAUAGCCCAUCCUGUUCCAGGGCUGAUUUGUUGCAGAGCCAACAGAGUAGCUCACAUUUUGUUCAGUCUGCAAACAAUCUUACUCAGUGCACCUAUGAGGGUGGAAACAAUUUCCGGGAAGUAGAAAAUGCCAAGGAGCAGCUGAUUCCUAUUGUCAAGAAGAGCAUCAAGCACAUUUGUGCUCAGUCCCCAUUGGAUCAAUCUUCUUUCAUGAAUGUAGCACGGCGAGCAACAAAUACUAUCUUAGCAUUGUCUGGGAUUGAGCACAACAGGGAUAGGGUUGUUACUACACCUUUUCCUUUUCCUAGCCAUUGUUGUCAUGCCUGUGAUGGCCAAGAACCAGCAUUUCUCAUGAGAACUAUCUGCUCGGCAUGCUUCAACUCUUUUGUUGGCGAUGUCGUUAGUCACAUCGCAUAUAUGUUUUCGUGAAGCUGUUGCCAUGUCUCUCUCCAUUGUUGUCAUCAUUCUUUUAUAGACAGUUCACAAGAAUAUAGAAUCAUGAAUGUGUUACUGAAGAUUUAAUAGCUUGAAAUAUAGUUCGUUAU